AUGUCACUGAGAGACAUGAAACGGCAUCAGCAGCAUCCCAGUCAGAUUGUGGCGUUUCUCUUCCUGUCCGCAGAUCGUCAGAUUCUCUUUUAUGCAUAUCAGCACACGACACAGCAGAUUCACAUGCAUUCCGUUUCGCCGGCGCUGCUGUACGAGAGCGUCCCGGUGAGCGAGGGCAGUCCGGUGCUCAGGGACAUGCUGUUCAGCCCAGACCUGCAGUUCAUCUACACCCUCACCGACAGACAGGUGACUCGUGUGCCGGUGGAGAGCUGCUCUCAGUACAGCAGCUGCUCUGAAUGUCUGAACUCCAGAGACCCUCACUGCGGCUGGUGUGUCCUUCACAACAUCUGUUCUCGCCGUGAUCGCUGUGAGACAGCCGACGAGCAGCAGGGGAUUCACCUCCAGAGUAGAUCAGUGUGUGGAGCUCACCGUCCAGCCCAACACUAUCUCUGCCUCUGUGGCCGAAAGUCCAUGUGUGUCUAAAUUAGAGCAGAUACGGCAUGCCUUUAUCACCGGCAGAGUGGAUUAUUGUAAUGAUCUCCUCACUCCUUUCCAAGAAGACCAUUACAGUUGCAGAUA